AUGCUGCUAAGAAAUAGAUCAAGAGCAGUGACUAAGCCAAAUUUAAUGGCUGAUCACAGUUCUCAACAAUCUUCCAAUAAUCAAAACUGUGCUAAAAAAUCAAUCCCACCAAAAUUAUUCAGAGAUUUCACCAACAAUACUAUUCUCUCAGAAGCUCUGAAAAGUCCAACUUCAAUUCUUGACACUAGAAUAUUACUUUUAUCACCUUAUGCCUUUGGAAAAUCACUUUUUCAUGACAAGAAAAUCCAAACAGUUUCCAACAAAAAUUUCUCAUCAAGAAGCAUUGGUCUUGCUCUUAUAGGUAAUGAUGAUUCAGUUGAUGAGAAUGAUUCUGUUGAACCAAACAAAGGAAAUGUUUUGUUUGGAACACAACUUAGAGUUAAAACUCCAUCUUUGCCCUCUCCUAUAUUUUCUCCAUUUGAUUCUCAGUCUCAAAUCAAAACCAAAACCAAAGACUUACCAAAUUCUAUGUCUUUGAGUGAGAUGGAACUUUCUGAAGAAUAUACGUGUGUGAAAUCUCAUGGACCUAAUCCAAGAACCACUCAUAUUUUCAAUAAUCAUGUUGUUGAAGAGAGUUAUUGUUGUUUGCCACAAAAAUCUAACUCAUCUUAUGGUAAUUUCCUUAGAGUUUGUUACACUUGCAAGAAACAUCUUGAGCAGACAAAGGACAUCUUUAUCUAUAGAGGGGAGAAAGCUUUUUGCAGUAAAGAAUGCAGGCACAGAGAAAUGGUGAUAGAUGGUGUAGAAAGUUUAGAAGAAUUCGAAAGUACUAAUGCUUAA